GCAAACAACUGCCCUCCCGUGGCAGGGAGCGUGACGUUCAAAUGACUCCAGCGGCCAAAAGACGCAGUGAGAAAACUACGCUGCCCAGAAUGCCAGUGCGAUGAGGUCUGCGUUGGGCCUUGGCUAGACGGCGUCACAGAAUUUGAGAUGUCCAAAAAGAAAUCCAAGAAGUCUAAGCAAAAGGAGGGAAGUUCGGAUGCCUUGGAUAACAAGCCUUCUUGUUCUAAGACUACCAGUAAUAAAACAAAGGCAUGCAGCUUGGCAAGCUCAACACCUUCCUCAGAGAAAAGGAAAUGGAAAUCAGAAGAGACAGGAAUCUGUAACAUAAGAGGACAGCUAGAAUUUCAAAGAUUCAAAGGACAUAAAUAUGUUGAAGAGAAGAAACAAAAGCAAAGUUCUUAUGUUCCACAAGGCACUAUUGAAGGGUUCCAAGGAGAGUCUUCAAAUGAUAGCAAAACAAUCAGUGCUGUUUUGACUCAAACUGAGAAGCGAAAAAGGAUAUCUAUACAGUUUAAACAUAAUGAUGUUAAACAUGGAAGAGAGAAACACCAAAGCGAUUCUGGUGUGGUCCCUACUACCAGGGAAAGCUGUAAAAAAGACCACUAUUUUGAGAAUGAUGGAACAGGAGGGAAAAUGGUGCGGCAUAGUUUUGCAAUCCAGAAAGACAAGCUGAGGAAGAAGAAAGAGAAAACUGAGCUCAGCAAACUAAAGGCUAGAGUUGAACAAACUAUGUUGGAGAAGUUCAAGGUAGCUAGUCCUACAGACUUGCUAAGUAAGAAGUUGCAUGGAUCAAAAAAAUUGAGUGAUGACUUCAGAAUUCUGAAAAAGCCCUCAGCCACCUUUCCAAAGACUGCUAUCUCCUGCAGUUUCCCCACUAAUAUGUCACACACAUCAUCAAAGACUUGUAAGAAGAAAGAACAACUACAAAACUCCAAAGAACUAUCUAACAAAAAUCACCAUGAUACUAAACAUAUACCAUCAUUUUAUUCAACUGCAACAUCUCAGGAAUGGCAGUAUCUUAAAGAGAAAAAACAGCAUCCUGAUUCCAGCAAAACUGUUAGUAGUUCAAGAACUGAAGGAAGGACCUUUGAAGCCGUACCAUUACAUUUAAGACAGAGCUCUGAAGUCCCAUGCCCUUCUGCCUCCCAUCAAGCCAUUCAGGUUACAGAGACAGACCAAGAGAUGCAAAUAAUAGAAGACUUGCAUGCUGCUCGUAUUGACAAAAAGAUGGCUUUGCCAGUCGUACAGACUUGUGGAGAAUUGACAAGUAUGGAAAUAGAUCUCCCAGAAGAGAAUGCAGAUAUUCCGGCUGCAACUACUACCUCUGGUUUGAACCUCUUGAUAGUGAUUGACACCAACAUAAUGAUUAGUCACCUUCAGUUUAUCAUCUCUUUGAAAACUAGAGAUAUACCAGGCACGGGCAGACUUGCACUGAUAAUUCCUUGGGUGGUUCUACAAGAACUGGACAACUUGAAGAAAGGCAAAGUACUACAACAUGUUCGGCACAAAGCUGUCCCUGCAGUUGAGUUCAUCUAUACUUGUCUCAAAAACCAAGAUUCAAAGCUGUGGGGGCAAUCCAUGCAGCUUGCCUCUCAGAAAAUAUAUGGAUUGAGUGAUGAAAACAAUGAUGAUCGUGUUUUACAAUGCUGCUUGCAGUAUCGGAGUCUUUUUCCUCAAGCUUUUGUCAUACUGUGCACGGAUGAUAAAAAUUUAUGCAGCAAAGCCCUGGUGAGUGAUGUAAAGGCCCUAUGCAAAGCAGAUUUGGUUAGUGCGCUCCAGAACCUGAAUGUAAACAGCCAUCAGAACUGUGUUGGCCUACAACAAUCAAAAACAGAUACUGGGUCCCAGAAAACCAAGAAGGAAGAUCUCAGCCUUACUACUCCACUCCUAAGCGUUGUUCCUGACCUUGAGAAAAGUUUAGGAGAAGCUUUAUCCUCGAUAUUAGAAACUGAAAUGAAAAUAGCUUUUGGAAACUUGUGGAUGGAGGUACUGUAUCUGAAGCCCCCAUGGACCCUAGCAAGCUUACUGCAGUGCUUUAAAAAACACUGGAUGGCCGUAUUUGGCUAUAUUGUGCCCAGAAGCUUACUUGCAACCAUUGAAUACCUGCAUGAACAUCUUUGUAAAGGUAAGACAGUUGACCACAUAACAGCAAACAUCCUGCUCCAGGAAUCUAAAAAGCUAUUGCAUGCUUUCAGCUCAAGGUCAGACUAUGAUGGUGUACUUCCACAGGCUUUUGCUUAUGUGACUAAACUGCUCCAGAUGCUUGCAGAGGUUCAGUCAGACAGUGGACAAAAAUCAUCAGAAGCCCUGACAGCUCUUUCAGAAAACACUGCAGGUUCAAAAAAGGAAGAUGUGAGGCUGCAUCUGCAAACGUGUGAGGAAGGCAAGUCAUUGUCAAACACUCAGCUGUCCCAAGAUAAAAGACAUCAGGAAAUCUGGUCUGUCCUUGAAAGCAUUUGGAAUACAAUAAACCUGUACAGUACUGAAAUUUUCCAGAAGCUGGAUCACAAUAUAAUCACUUCCACCACUGCAAAGAUCUCUUCAUUUGAAGAAGCUUUUUUAGGCCUGCAGAAACUGAUGGCAGCUGUGAAUAAUAUUCUUGCAGGGAUUCGUAGAGUUUUGACCCCAAACAGUAGUUUUCAAGACAUUUGGAUGCUCUAUAACUUCCUAAUCAGUAAUGAGAUAAAUACCAGCAUAAAAUUUACUGCUGAGGAACUCUAUGAGUGUGUUUCACAGGAAGUGUAUAGCAAGCCCUUCAGAAAUGGGACAAAGGGAUGAAAGAGUUGCAACAAGGCAUCACAUUUUAAACUGCUGAAUUUUAGGUGUGUGAAUCUUUUUAUCCGAAACCAGAAGACAGCCCACGGCACCUAAAUCACUAGCCCCCACCUCCACCCGACAAAAGAACUGUAGCCGUCUCCUUGUUCAACAUGCAUUAUGCAUCCAGCUCUGGAUUGGCUAAAACGUCCACUCCCUUCGGAACAGCCGCCGUUCAAUCCCAUGGGCUUGGCAACAGGAGCCCGCAACGUGGAGACAGGAACAAAAGAAACAUCGGGGAGGGAGACUAUCCACGUCCCUCUGCCACACUGCAGAGAGGGAGCGCAGAAGCGGUUGCGACACGACGUUCCCUGCAACCCCCACAGCUAGUGUGGCUUUAGCCGCAUUGUUUCCUUUGUCAAGGAGAACUGGGGGAAUGGGUCUGAGGAUGGUGAGGAAGGCAUCGCCCAGCCUCACAGUCACUAUCCUUCUUUCCUCCCCCAGAAACUGACCCCCUAGCACGCGAAAACCAUGUGCCCGUCUCCCCGAGAGCGGCAGUGACCCGGGGCUCCACCAGGCGGGAGGACGGCGGACGAGGCUCGCGCGCCAGGCCCCUGCUGCAGGCGGCGGGAUCCGCCAUUCGCGCGCGCGCCGCGCUACAGGUGAAGAAGGGCGCCAGCCUGGGCGAAGCUGUGCAGCCCGCGCUACGACACGCGGUGCUCCAACAUGGCGCCGCGCGCGGCCCGGCCAUCAGACUCACACAGCCUUACGCGGCCCGAGAGAAAGAAUCCGCCAGCCCAGCCUCAUUGCCCCCCGGGCCUCCUCCCUCGCCCCCGGCCCUGGAGCCAGGUACCUGGUGUCUUUCAGCGCAGACGACACCGUUCAUAUUGAGAGCUUCCAGGCUGUGGACGAAGUCGGUUCGGAGACGCAGACCCAGCCCAGUACGGAGGCGGCGGCGGGAAUGUCCGCGGCGGCGAGAGGGAUCGGGACGGGAGGCGACUCAGACCGGAGUGAGCGCGCGCACAGGCGGGGAAGGCGCUAAACUGCCGCCACCAGCCAGCUCCAGACCCUGCGACUGCCCCCGUCCGCGCGCGGCGCCGCCAAUGUUCACAGAGACACUCCGCCCCCGGAGGCCGAGUAGGGUUUGGAAUCAUUCCGCCGAGAAACGAGUCCCGUCUGACAGCUCAGCGUUAAGAUCUCCCCCUCCCUCGUGUUGCAAAGUAGGGCAGUGGAAGGUGAUUGAGCUGAGGCGAAGGGAAGCUACCGCGCGCUGCUACUGUCGCCGCCCAGAACUGGUUUCCUCCUGCUGCGGGCGGCUGGGCUGCAUUUGCUGCCCGUACUUGUUGCGCCGCCGCCGUUGUGCUGCAACGGGACACCGUGCUUUAGAACUACAGAGCCAAGUAUAAGCGUUCGCAAACGUCCCAAAGGUAAUGGCAAUAACCUUCCUGCUGCAUUGCAGAAAGAAGCCCGCUGGGCCUAGAGCCACCACGACUAUGCCCCAUUGUGUAGCGUGCAUAGGUGCUGGAACCGAUGCUAAAGUGGUUUCCACCAUAUACAGGUUUUACAGUUUGGUUCAAAGACUCUGAGCACCCCCACUGUAAAAAUUAUUCCAGCAGCACCCCUGGUUGAUUGCUAGCUAAACGUUGAAGAUUAUUAGUAGGGAGACGUUGUGAUUUAGCCCCUCUUCCUCCCCUCUCGCAUCUUAGCUUCUCCUGUUGAUACACCAGUAAAGUGUACACUGUAUGUCACCUCUCUGCUGUAUACGAGGCCUUUCUUAUUGGAGUUCAAUCCUUAUGUCCUGGAAAGCAAACCAGAAAGUCAGUACUAGAGCUAGGAUUAGGAAAAUCUCACAUCUAUGAGCUUGAGGGUUAUCAGAGCGAUUCACCAACUAAAUACCUGCUUACUGAUCCUCUGAGGUGGAGGAUGGUAGCCAGGUGGACAACUGGCACUUACAACAAUAGUGUGUUGAAGGGAAAAGAGGUAUCUAGAGUGAAAAAUAAUAAUAAUUAUACUAAAACAUUAAGUAUUUCUCUAUAUUACUAUAAAAGUGUAUGGCAGUUUAUUCCCAGAUAAAAAAAUAAAGCAUUGUCCGAAUUCUGAA